AUGAAUGCAGUGAAACCAGUCAAAGGACUAGACUGGGGUACAGCAGCUAUCAGUAAUGCCCAAUGGGCAGGGGCACUGCUAAGAGAUGUAUUGUUAGAUGCUGGUUACACAGAGGACACAUCCAGAGCUCUACAUGUGCACUUUGAAGGACUGGAUCAAGACUUAACAGGAACAAAAUAUGGAGCUUCCAUCUCUUUUCAACGUGCAAUGAACAAGCAAAGUGAAGUGCUGCUUGCUUAUGAAAUGAAUGGUGAGCCACUUCCAAAAGACCAUGGCUUUCCCUUGCGGGUUAUUGUUCCAGGAGUAGUUGGUGCUCGCAAUGUGAAGUGGCUGGGUCGAGUACUGGUGAGCGCAGAAGAGAGUCGUAGCCAUUGGCAGCAGAAUGAUUACAAGGGAUUCAACCCAUGUGUAGACUGGGAUACAGUGGAUUUUAAAUCUGCCCCAGCCAUACAAGAGCUGCCUGUGCAGUCUGCAAUUACAGAGCCAAAGCCUGGCCAAAUGGUCACUCCAGAUUCUGAUGGUAAAGUGACUGUUAAGGGAUAUGCCUGGAGUGGAGAUGGGAGAGAGAUUGUGCGAGUAGAUGUGUCUCUUGAUGGAGGGAAGACCUGGAAUGUGGCAGAGUUAUAUGGGGAAAAGCAGGGGGAAGGACAUUCAUGGGCAUGGAAACUUUGGAAACUGGAAGCCUCGCUACCCACUGAAGACAAAGAAGUAACAAUUAUUUGCAAAGCUGUAGACAGCAGUUACAAUGUGCAGCCUGAUACAGUGGCACCAAUAUGGAACUUGCGUGGUGUACUGAAUAAUGCUUGGCACCGUGUGCAUGUCUCUGUGCAUAGAGAUUAG